UUUUUUGUUUCUAUGAAAAAUAGUGUUAAAAGGCAACAAAAAGACUGCAUCUGGAAAAAAUGAAGUUUACUUUUGUUUUUCUGAUUUCUUUUUUUAUUUUCAAAUGCGAAUCCACUCCAAAGGAUCGCGUUAUCAAGGAAAGUGAUUUAUCUUCGGAAAAUCACAAUGAAAAUGAUGUCCACAAUAAAGAGUAUGACCACGAGGCUUUUUUAGGUAAAGAAGAUGCUCGAAGAUUUGAAGAGUUAACACCAGAAGAAAGCAAAAAGCGACUUGGAGAACUUUACAAUAAAGUAGACACUGAUAAUGAUGGUUUUGUUACAACUGAAGAGCUCAAACAAUGGAUUAAAUUUACUCAAAAUAAAUAUAUUUGGAAUGAUGCUAAAGAGCAAAUGAAGCAGAAUGAUUUAAACAAAGAUGAUUUUGUCACAUUUGAUGAAUAUAAAAAAGGAACAUAUGGUUUUGCAGAUGAAGGCAAUAUUGCUCAUUACAAAGAUAUGAUUGCUCGUGAUGAACGAAGAUUCAAACUAGCUGAUACAGAUAAUGAUGGCAGGCUUAGUCGAGAACAGUUUGCUUCGUUUUUGCAUCCAGAGAGCGAUGAUAACAUGAAACCGUUAGUUGUUCAAGAAACUCUAGAAGAUAUUGAUAAAAAUAAAGAUGGAAGCAUUUCUCUUGAUGAGUACAUAGGUGAUUUAUGGCCAGAGGAAGACAGAGUUGCUGGUAACGAGCCUGAAUGGGUGAAGAGUGAACGAGAGCAGUUCACUAAUUAUCGUGAUAUUAAUAAAGAUGGCAAAAUGGAUAAAGAAGAAGUAGCAGCAUGGAUACUGCCUCCUGAUUACGACCAUAUUACCUCAGAAGCUCAACAUUUGAUUAGCGAAGCUGAUACUGAUGAUGAUGGAAAAUUAACAAAGAGUGAAGUUGUAGAAAAAUAUGAUUUAUUUGUUGGUAGCCAGGCAACGGAUUUCGGCGAAGCUUUGAAAUACAAGCAUGAUGAAAUGUAAAUGAAAUAAUAUUUUAGAAAGAUUUUUUAAUUUUAUUUUUUAA